AUGCUAGCAUCUCUCCCACCAGAAAUCCUCGAAAAUAUUUGCGACAAGCUAAAUGGUAUCGACCUCCAACAGCUCUCGCUUACGGCAAAAUGGCUACACAAAAUAACAUUUCGCCACCUCUGGCGCUCCAUCACCAUUCGACCAUACCCCGAAAGCGAGCGACAUUGUAUUAACCCGUCUGGUCCGCCGCAGCAUUGUCUUCAGUAUACGAAAGAACUUCGCUUUGAUCCUGGUGUCGACGUUGACCCGAAGCGAUGUAUCCAUGCGAGCGACUGGCUUGGCUACAUGGCAAACUGGACUGAUAAAGUCCCUCUUCAUCAGUAUACUUGGGAGGCUCGGGGCGAUAGUUUUGGGUUAGAAGGUGGAAAGCUUGUGAGGGUCAAGUUUGAGUGUCUUGCUCAGAGGGCUGUGCUAUUGCUUAAUCGUUUCAAUGAUGGGCAACUCGAAUCAUUCAGCUGGAACUAUACUUCUUGCAUACCCUCUGAGAUUCUCGAGGUUCUGAGUCUCAAGCAUCCCUCCAUCCAGAGCCUCAGACUCGUCACAGAUCCUUUCUGUAGCAGAUUCAAUCGCUGGAGUCGAACAUCUGACAUAGACCUCUCGGCGUUUAAUAACCUUCGGCGACUUAGCUGGAAAGCACCUAUGGGCUGCCACUUCGACACCAUUGCUAGCCUUGCUAAGGCCAAUGUGACGCAUCUUGAAGAACUGGAAUUGGAGCUGCAGGGCUGGUCCUCGGAUCGAGAGAGUCGCGAGUCCACGGUUAUUCACCAUGAAGAUAACCCGGAGGUGUGGGAUAAGAUACCUGCGAGUACUAUGCUUGCUAGGCAGAUGUUUGGCCUCGAAGCGGGUACCCCAGAAGCAGCUGAGCGAACACAGUUCCCGAAGUUACGAAGCUUAAAACUCACCAGGGUUCCUUUGAGAGAUGAAAACACUGGGAUGCAAGUCGCAGCUUCUUCAAUUAACUUCAGUGCUCUUAGGUAUCUGUCGUUGAGGAUGUGCGCGUAUUGGAUGCCGUUCCUAACAGACAUCAUGGAAUCGCAAACACCACUUCAACUCAAGACUCUCGAGAUAUCAGACUUCGACUUGAACAUGCCCCACGAAACUGUAACGAGCAAAGCAGCUGCCAUCACUAGAUUCAUUGGUUCCUUCAAAGGACUCGAAGAGCUGUUCAUUAGAAUUUGCGGUCCGACGCCAUCUCUUCAGUUCUGGGAGCAUGUUGCGAGUCAUGGAACAACUCUGAAGAGAUUUGUGUAUCAUCACAGACUCACAGACCAAGAUGAAGAGCUGUUAAACUCGCGCUUACGUAGAGACUCAUCAGACUUGGGGCUAUCAUCUGAGGACCGGAACCGCAUUCAGCAUGAUCCUUCUCAGAACCCACUUUCGAGACUCAACCUCGACUUCAUUGGGUUGACAUGUGCACCAAAGUACCUUAAAGAUAUUCUGCUACCCUUUGUAGCCAAGUCAUCACUAAAAGUGCUUCACAUUCGACACACAGGAAUGAACUCCGGUCCCAGUGCAUCAUGGGUCUUCAAUCACGCAUUAGAACUCAAGAUCACAGAAGGAGAAAACGAAGGCGUACCCAUCGACGACACAACAAAGGCCGGCAACUCAUUCAACGCCGAUGCUGAAGAGAAUGUUCGUCUUAGUCUUGAAGAGCUCGCUACUGCUGUGAGGGAGAGAAGAGAGUGGGGAACACCACCUCUGCAACAAAACUUCCGAGAUUUUGCAAACUGGGUCUUUGGUCCAGAUGGGAUUAAGUCGCUGGAAUAUAUUGUGGCUGGUGACCUGUCUCAUGGGAAUAGUCUUCAGUACAUCCCACGGACAUCUUCCGAGAUAAGUCUCAGUUCCGCAGAGCUGGAUUCUGCGCUUGCUGUCAAGAUUCUUAGCUUCAAAGAGGCUAAACGAUAA